AGGGUACCCAGAGAACUCAGCAGAGAGAGGCAGGCAGAGUUGCUGCACUCAGAUAAUGGGUAGAAGAGGCAGGCAGCAUGUUGCAGAAAACCUUGGAAAAACCAACCUUCCCUAGUGAUAUGGUGACAGGGAUGUCACUUAGUACUUUAAGCAAAUGUAAAAGAAAACACAGGAGUGUAGGGACCUACGAGAUCAUCUAAGAUCUGAUGCCCAAAAGGUAGUGUGGGCUGUGGCACGCUCUCAGUGCACGGACUCCAGUUGCGACUGGAUCAUCUGCUGUGCGAUUGGUGUUUAACUGUACGAUCCUUCCCAUAGAAUUUAAGCCCUCUGACAGAGGGGUCUUGAAUGCUUUGUUUAUAUUCUCAUAGCUGUGCACACUACAGAGACUUCCCAAAUAUUCAAUGGAAGGAGGAAGGACUGAAUUGUGGGUCAGAUGGAAUAACCCAUAUUGAAUGCCACCACCAGCCCUCUAAACUUGGUUGUAAAUGAUUCAAAUUGCAAUAAUUGUUUAGUGAACUGCACAAAUUCUUGUUUCAAGCUCCUGGUUUUCCUGGCUUCCAGAUGUGCCGGCUGCCUGUCACCCUGGCAUCCAGCUCUGUGCCACCAUGGCUGCUACAGCCUGUAAUGGAUCAAAAGACACUGCACCCAUCUUCUACCUGGUGGGCAUCCCAUCCCUACAGGAGUUCCUCUUCCUCCCUGUCUUCUUCAUCUUCCUGCUCUUCUACCUGCUCAUCCUGGUGGGUAAUGCCCUGAUCCUGGUGGCUGUGGUGGCAGAGCCCAGCCUCCACAAGCCCAUGUACUUCUUCCUGAUCAACCUCUCUGCCUUAGACAUCCUUUACACCACAUCCACUGUCCCAAAGAUGCUGUCCCUCCUCCUAUUCAGGGACCACAUCCUCAGCUUCCCUGCAUGCUUCCUGCAGAUGUACCUGUUCCACAGCUUCUCCUGCUCUGAAGCCUUCAUCUUGGUGGUCAUGGCCUAUGACCGCUAUGUGGCUAUCUGCCGCCCACUGCGCUACCCUGUCCUCAUGACCCCACAGACCAAUGCAAUGCUGGCGGCCAGUGCCUGGCUCAUCGCCCUCCUCCUGCCCAUCCCAGCAGUGGUACAGACCUCCCAGAUGGCAUUUGACAGCACUGUCCACAUAUACAGCUGCUUCUGUGACCAUCUGGCUGUGGUCCAGGCCUCCUGCUCUGACACCAGCCCCCAGACCUUCAUGGGCUUCUGCAUCGCCAUGGUGGUGUCCUUCCUCCCCCUUCUCCUGGUGCUCCUCUCCUACACCCGCAUCCUGGCCUCGGUGCUUCGCAUCAGCUCCCGAGAAGGACGGUCCAAAGCCUUCUCCACCUGCAGCUCCCACCUCCUGGUGGUGGGCACCUAUUACUCAUCCAUUGCCAUCGCCUAUGUGGCCUACAGGGCCGACUUGCCCCUUGACUUCCACAUCAUGGGCAAUGUGGUGUUCGCCAUUCUCACACCUGUUCUCAACCCUCUCAUCUACACACUGAGGAACAAGGACGUCAAAGCAGCCAUCACCAAGAUUGCAUGUCCCCAAGGCCCAGGGCAUUCUGGGAGCCCUUGAUCAUUAGAUGUAGCUAAUGCUGCUCCAAGGAUACCAGUUCUUGAAGAACAGAGAACACCAUCAAAAAAGUUUUUUGAAGGAAGAAUGGCUUACAGCAGUACCAAAAAUAUACCACUGGG